AUGGCCGUCUCCAAAGUACCCGACUCGUUUCCAGCCGAGAAAGAGCUCGUGCAUCAAGAGAAGGUGGUGACCUCAGACAAUCCAGCUGAGACCCACUACUAUGAGCAAUUUGUCAAUAAUGGCGAAGCCUGGCGCAGCGAUUUCGAGAAGAAGCUCGUCCGCAAGGUGGACUGGCGUCUGAUUCCUCUGCUCAUUAUCAUGUAUCUGAACAACUUCAUAGACCGCGCUGCACUUGGCCAAGCCCGCCUUAGCACGCUUGAGGAGGAUCUCGGGAUGUCCGGCACUGACUUCAACCUCUCCAUCUCGAUUCUAUUCGUCGGCUACCUCACCAUGCAACUGCCAUCCAAUCUCCUCAUCACCCGAGUGCGCCCUUCGCUCUACCUUGGGGUGACCAUGGCCGUCUGGGGCGCAGUCUGCGCUUGCACGGCAGCUGUCCAGAACCUGUCGGGCCUCAUCGUCGUCCGGAUUUUCCUGGGCGUUACUGAAGCUCCCUUCUUUCCAGGAGCCAUCUUUCUAAUGAGCUCAUGGUAUACUAGGACGGAGCUGACGCGACGAAUUGCGUGGUUCUACGGCGGCGUCGCCUUGGCUAACAUGUUUGGAGGCCUGAUCGCUGCAGGCGUCCUGUCUCGAAUGGAGGGUGCUAUGGGAGUCGCAGCUUGGCGAUGGCUCUUCAUCAUCAACGGUGCUAUCACUAUCUUCUUCGCCAUCACGUGCAUCUUCAUCAUUCCCAACUUCCCCAAGAACACCAAGUGGCUCACCGAGGAACAACAAGCCUAUGCCCAGUGGCGCCUCAAGCAGGACGCGGAGGAAGAAGACGACAGCGGCUCCACCUCGCUCUGGCAAGGCCUUAAGCUCUGCCUCACCGACUACCGCAUGUACAUUUUCAUGCUCAUGCAGCAUCUGUCCAUCCUGUCGCAGACUUUCCAGUAUCUCUUCCCCUCGAUCGUGCAGACUCUGGGCUACGGGCGCAUCGAAACCCUGCUCCUCACCGUGCCGGUCUGGUUUGGCACCUGGUGUGUCGCAAUCCUCGUCACCUGGACCGCUGAUCGUUUUACCGACCGCAGCAUCCACAUCAUGUGCCUUUUAGGUGUGUCCGCCAUCGGCAACGCCAUUGUCGGCUCCACGCUCAACGUUGGCGCCCGCUUCUUCGGCAUGUUCCUGAUGCCCAUGGGCGCCGUCUCAGCCUACCAAAUCAUCGUCGCCUGGGUCGCCAACUCCUUCAUCCGGCCCAUGGUGAAACGCUCCUCUGCCAUCGCCAUCUGCAACGCCAUCGGCAACUGCGCCUCCAUCUACGGCACCUACUUCUACCCCAGCGCCCACGAGCCCGGCUACACGCCGGGAUCUGCCGCGAACGCUGGCGUCUGCGUCGUCGUGGCGCUGCUGGCGCUCUCCCUGCGCUUCAUCCACAAGUGGGAGAACAAGAAGCUGGGGAGGGUUGAGCGGGAAGGGUUUAGCGGUGAAGAAGGCGCGGAUCGGAGGGGGUUUGGGUUUAGGUAUGUGUACUGA